AUGUCAGGCAGAGCUCGUAGGUACAUGAGUAAGAGAAACCGCGCUUGUGAUUCCUGUCGUGCUAGAAAGACAGCUUGUCGCAUUGAUCGAGCACCUCCCUGUUAUCUUUGCACACUUCAUGGGAAGGAAUGCACAUUCCUACGGCCAGCCUCAAGGCCACGCCGGCUUUUCCCCGAGAUGGUCAGCCCACAGAUCCCCGAACAAGCUGAGAUAAACUCACGCUUGGAGCAGGAUGAGGUUUCACCAGUUAGUGACCCAGUCCACUAUGAUAUCUUGAUGUCGAUUGGUGAUGAUGGGGUAGAUCAUUCAGUUGCAACUGGACCUGAAGGGUUCCAUGAUUUGUUUGAUGGGGCUGGAGCAUCAUUAUCCGGUAGCUUUGGAGAUGGCACAUGGGCAACUGGAUUUAGUCCAGGAGGCUUUAUCUAUCCAUCUCCUGGGCUGCCAGGGACUGGCCGUUCGGAGGAUGAAGGUUCAUCGCAGGCUGCUUGCCUGCCAUUGAUUAUGAAGGAGAAUGGCUCAUCGAUUUGCCUUGAUACUCAAGGUGUAAUGACACCACAAUUGCUCGGCAGUAGUGGCGAUAUGGACCCUUUGCUGAUGAGUCGUUAUCAAUACGACACAUCUGGGGCUUUUCAUUUCAAAAAUCUCAAUAUCCAAUCCGUAUCCUCGGGGACCGAUCCGACGCAGUUUUUACUGUCAAAACCAUCAAUAUUUGCCUCCAGCAGGGAGGAAAACGGAUGCGAGAACGUUUCGGCCCUUGAAUUGAGGCAAGAACUCGAAUCUUUCGUCCCGGGGGAUAUCGGUCUCAGACUAAUUAACUUGUUUGAGAGGAUAGUCGCACCAGAUUACCCAAUACUUCCACCAGGCGAAUUAAAUCCCAGCACCAGCCCGCCAUACCUCCUUGCGAGCGUAUACCUACUAGUCGAGCCCUUCACUAAAUUUGACGAAAAACUAUGCAUUGAUCUUGCAUAUGAUAAGCCAUCAAGUGUGGCGCUAUACAAGAUUAUCAAUAAAGCUCUCUCACAUGAGAUACAUGCACCGAAGCUCUGUGUUGUACAAACAAUGCUUCUUUUGGCCAUUCGACCUUAUCCAAACCCAAUUGUAUUGGACAGUGGCUUUAAAUGGUCCCAACUUGCCGCUCUUACUGCUUGCGCUCACACCCUUGGGCUACAUUUGGAUCCAAAGUCAUGGCGAAUACCGCUUUGGCAAAGUGCCCAGCGACGUUGUCUGUCUUAUUUCAUUUAUUCGACAGACAAAUGGCUCGCAUUGAGCCUUGGUCGGCCACCUUUACUGCAUUAUGAUAACUGGCUCGUGACAAGUCCUAGCCAAGAGGAUCGUCCUGUCAGUGGACUUGAUCCUCAAGCCUGGACGACCAUCAUGAAGCGAGCCGAACUCGACUCACUGCUUGAUCGUGUUCUGACCCAAUUAUACUCUCCUCGUGCCAUUAAUACUAUUUGUACCGACUACGAAAAGACUAUUGCAUUGACUGGUCCACUGCUUGAAGAUCUCUUCUCAUGGCACAGACGGGUAUCUGCACCAUCGACCGAUUUCCGAUCAUCGAAUCAAGGUUCAUCGCAUCGAGGCAGACCAACCGGACUAGAGAGGACACUUGAGAUGAAUUACCAUUAUAUUCAUCUCAGUAUUUGCAGGGCUAUUCUGAGACCAUUCCUACAGCCAACUGUCAACGGCCUGAGCGAGGCUGAAUAUAUACUGGCGCGCGAGCAGGCCCGGAUCAGAGCAGAAACCUGCAUUUCCACAGCAGCGGAGUUUAUUCACGAACUGCGCCCGGAGGACCUUGAGGCUCUAUGGCCGGCCUGGAGUGCGACUGCAUUCUCGUCCAUUUGUUUCCAGAUUCUACAUAUGGCUGCCAGCUCCGUUGACAGGAGCGAGGCAGAUAAAUGGGUCACUUGCCUCCACAAAGUGCGCCGGGAUAUGCGUCUGAAGGCUGAUGUUCUUCCGUGCCUCCAUCUUGGCCUUCUGCGGAUUGACUCCAUAUUUUGGAAAGGAGUUGAGAAUGUGUUGCAUUUGGAAGAGCAUGUCCGACACGCAUUUGCGUCGGGUUCAAGCAUUGGUCGUCCCAUUGGUGUAACCGUUCCAGCCAAGUGA